CAUAGGACUAAAGGUAACUCGUGCUGUCGUCUAUCAGUGCUCAAUGGAUCAUACCUCGUUGAACACGAGGUAUAACAAAAGUAAAUAAAAUAUUUAAUGUUACAUUUUCUAACAAGUACAAAAAAUAAACAAUAUAUUUUUUACAAUGCAUUGGAGGAAGAUAUCUCUCAUUCUAUGUAUGUUUGGAAUGUUAACAAACUUCAGACCAUCAGAAUCAUUUAUAACUGAUUACUUAACAGGACCAUGGAAGAAUUUUACAAUAACAGAAGUAAAUCAAGAUAUUUAUCCAGUUAGCACAUAUUGUUACUUUUUAACUUUAGUGAUAAUAUUUUUGAUAACUGAUUUUGUAAGAUAUAAACCUAUUAUAAUACUGUGUUCCAUUUCUGGAUUUAUUACAUUUUUUGUACUAAUACUUGCAAAAACUAUAAUAGUAGCUCAGGUCGUUGAAUUCUUUUAUGGCCUGUUUCUUUCUUGUGAAGUGGCAUAUUAUACGUACAUUUAUGCAAAAGUUGAUAAAGAGCAUUAUCAAGAAGUGACAGGUCAUACAAAAGCAGCUACCCUUGUUGGACGAUGUAUGGGUGGAAUCAUAGCACAAUUAACAUCUUCUUUUCAUAUCUUAGAUUACCAUCAGUUGAACUAUCUCACUGCUGCAGCUUUUGCAUUUGCCACAUUAUGGACAUUUUUUUUACCAUCCGUGGGACAAUCUAUUUAUUUUCAUUCAACUAUUCAUAAUCAAAAUAUUCAAUCCACAUCAUCAACAGAUAACGUGAAAUCACUUGAAGAUAAUAAUUGUCAUGAACUUAAUCUUAGAAAAAAGUCGAACUGUGAUUCUGCGAAGAUAAAUGUUACCUCUAGGUCUUCCAAAGUAAAACGUGCUUACGCACUAUUAUGGAAACAUUUUUUAAAUGCGUAUACACAUGGUGAUGUCGUAAAAUGGUCCAUGUGGUGGGCAUUAUCAACCUGUGGCUAUUUACAAAUAACCAGUUAUGCCCAGCUUGUAUGGCAAACGACUGUUAAAUCUUACGACGAGAUUUAUAACGGAGCAAUAGAUGCCAUUUAUGCAAUAAUUGGUGCUUUGACCGUUUUUACUGUUGCUAAAAUACCAUUGAAUUGGCCACUGAUAGGAGAUAUAAUGUUAACAAUAUUUGCACUUAUGGAAGGUGGUUUAAUCAUAUUAUGUUCCUACAGUUAUAAUAUUUGGGUACAAUACGUCGCUUACAUAGUAUUUGGAGUAAUUUAUCACACUAUGGUCACUGUUGCAAGCUUUGAAGUUGCGAAAUAUAUAUCCGAAGAUAGUUAUGGUUUAAUAUUUGGUACAAAUAUCUUUUUUGCAUUAUUAUUCCAAAGUUUGUUAACGUUAAUAGUUAUUAAUGGCAAUCUUGGAAAGGAUAUCAGAUCGCAAUUUUUUAUUUAUGGCUGUUAUUAUGUUAUUUUGGCUGUGAUAUUUUUAAUAAUAGCUAUAUUUGCAAUGAUAAAACAUUUUAAAAGUGGUAAUAAGUUUAAAAUAUGGUUAAAUAAUAAGAAAACCCAAAAAACAAUAGAAAAUAUAGAAAACCAAGAAUCGCUUGGUACUCGUACAAAUUCUACGGCAUCUAACAAUGUUAUUUUAUCUUCUUAAUUAAGUAAAUAUAGUAACUAUAGAAAAAAAUGUAGAAUAUUAUUCUUAAAGAUUGUAUUUCUUUACGUAUAUUCGAAGGCAGCUUACUAUUUCUCGAUUUUAGUAUAAACAAUUUUAUUAUUCUAACGUAUAAUAAUAGAAUAAUAUAGACCCGACGUAUCUGAUAGUAUUGAAUAAAUGUAAGAAGGCGUUAAUAGAAAGGUCCUUUUUUUAAUAGAAUAAUAUGUAUUAUAACAGAGUA